AGACAAGUUCUCUAAAGCAAAUCCGCCCCCAAAGAGGCCAAGCCAAUUGAUCUUGUCACCUAUAAGGACACAUAGAUGAAAUAAGUCUAUUCAACCUCGGCUAUUAUCUAUAAAUAGUCCUUGAGAAGUUAGAAUUAAACUUAAAUCUCCAUUAUUACACACUAAGGAGAUUCUUAUCCCUCACAGCUUCCUCAUGGCAUAUAGGCACGUUGCUUCGUUACUUUUUCUGUCCAGUGUUCUGGCAAUGCUGGCACCCGGGCUGUGUGGAGCUGCAGUUCCAGCGCUUUUUAUACUAGGGGACUCAACUGCGGACGUUGGUACUAAUUCUUUUUUAACCAACAGCAAAGUAAGAGCUGACUUUCUGGCCAAUGGCAUUGAUUUUCCAAACUCUAGGCCUACCGGGAGAUUCAGUAAUGGUUUUAAUAGUGCUGAUCAAAUUGCCAAGUUAAUGGGAUUCAGGAGAAGCCCGCAGCCAUUUUUGUAUCUUGUGACCAUCAAAGCAGGACUCCGAAGGCCUAAAUUUAGAGGUGUGAACUUUGCCUCAGGUGGUGCUGGUAUCCUUGAUAUAACUGGAAAGGAGCUGGUGGUCGUGCCAUUGUCCGAGCAAAUCAACCAAUUUGCCACAGUCCGCAGCAAUCUCACAGCUGCAAUGGGAGCAACAAAAACAGCAAUUUUUCUGUCCAAGUCUGUCUUCAGCAUCAGCAUAGGUAGCAAUGACAUUUUUGGUUAUUUUGCGACUAAUAGUACUGUGCCAAAGGAACAAUUCAUCAGUAUCCUGAUGACUAAUUACGAGACCUACAUAAAGGGAGCAAGGAAUUCUAAAUUGGAGAGGAUUUGGAGCAAAUUAGAAGAAAAUUCGCAACUAUUGGGCUACCCGCAUUCGGAAUAUUGUUUGGGCCAUAUCUUGAGUUUUAGAAGUCGGAUUUGGGCGAUUCAACAGCUCACGCGAAGAUAAUAUAAUUUUCUAUCAUUCUAGAUGGGUCCAGAUAUCAAAAGCCCGCUGAAACAGCCCAGGAACAGGGGAGAAAGUCAACUGCGAAUUUUGACCUUUUGGAAACCCAUUCAGUUUCGGAAUUGCCUUGUAUAUUCCUAUUAGAAUAAAAAUACUUUUGUAUUAGGUUUUAUUAGAUAGAGAAUUACAUACGUGCUACUGAGGAGAGCCACGGAGAAGAAGAGAAAGGAUCGGUAUUCUGUAUCGAUUUCUAUUCUUUUUAUGAUUCUUAUGUGUUUUACUAUGAUUAUGAUUGGCUAAACCUCGAUUGUUGGAGGGCUGUUUUGAAGCCCUAAACUUUAUGACAAUGAUAUUUUGAUUUUCCGAGAUA